AUGGGGGCUUUCAUCGCCAAGAUGCUGCUGCCCACGGUCAGCAGCCUGGUGUUCCUGCCCGCCGCCAGCGUGGCCGCCAAGAGGGGCUUCCACAUGGAGGCCAUGUACUUCAGCGUGUACGGCACCGCGCUCUCCAUGUGGGUCACGCUCACAGCUCUGGGCGACUUCGACGAGCCUCAGCGCUCCACCAUUUCCAUGUUCGGGGUGCUGACCAUCGCGGUGAGGAUCUACCAGGACCGCUGGGGCUACGGGAUCUACUCCGGGCCCAUCGGCUCGGCCGUGUUCAUCAUCACUGUCAAAUGGGUAGGCGCUCGGAAAAGCCUGGAAACGACUAAAUUCCUCUGCGAAGUCUCAGUUUAG